GGGAGUUGUAGUCCCAUGGCGCUCUGGCUGCUGGCCCUGCUGGGCCCGUUGGCCUGGGCCCGGCCCGGGGGCGGCGCGGGGCCGGGGGGGGGCGGCUGGCAGGCGGGAGCGGUGCCGGAGGAGCCCCGCUGCACGGUGCAGGCCGCGGACGCGGCGCUGAGCGCGGAGCUGUUCCUGAAGCGAUUCGCCUUCUCACAGCCCGUCAUCCUGCGCGGGGUCACGGACAACUCGGCAUUUCGGGCGCUGUGCACCCGCGACAAGCUGCUGGCCGCCUACGGGCAGCGCCGGGUGCGCCUCAGCACGGCCAACACCUACUCCUACCGCAAAGUGGACGUCCCCUUCCAGGAGUACGUGGAGCAGCUCCUGAAGCCGCAGGACCCGACGGCGCUGGGCAGCGACACCCUCUAUUUCUUCGGGGACAACAACUUCACCGAGUGGGGUCCCCUCUUCCAGCAGUACGUCCCUCCGCCGUUCCGCAUCCCCGGCACCAGCAGCGCCUACAGCUUUGGGAUCGGAGGUUCGGGUUCAGGAGUCCCCUUCCACUGGCACGGCCCCGGUUACUCCGAGGUGAUUUUCGGCAGGAAGAUCCUGUACUUCCCCGACCGCUGGUGGCACGCCACGCUCAACCUGGACACCAGCGUCUUCAUCUCCACCUUCCUGGGGUAGCGCCGGGGGCACCGGAACCCCCCCCCCAAAAAAAAAACCCACACCGGUAUCAGGACCAAGCACCUGCAGAUUUUUUUACUCCCCCUUGGAGUAAAAUUUUGGUGUCAGUGCUCCAGCGAUGACACCAAAACUGUCACAAAAGGAUGGGGACAAAGUGCACCCCCCCCCCCCAGCCCCUCGCAGAGAGCUUCAGGAACCACGCGAGCUCUUCUCACCUUUAUUGCUGAAUGGUUUUGGUUUGGUUUUGGGUUUUUUUAUUUUUUUAUUGACAUCGGCCAACGGGCGGAGCGCUGGGAAGCCGGGCGGGCUGCAGGCGCUGCCGCCGCCCACACAAUGCUGGAGCCUCAGUCAGAUGGGGGGGGAGUUGGUUUCUUUUUUUUUUUUUUUUUUUCCAAAGGGAUUUCAUUAAAAGGAAGAUGAACUUGAA